GUUCUUUGUAUUAUCACUCACAGAGCAUUUCAGAGUGGAAGCUUCACUGUAUUCUCUUCUCUCUCCCUCAAAACUCUGCCAUGGCUGUUUCAGUAUCUGUCUUCUUGGGUUUCUUUGUGGGUCUUGUAGUGGUGGGUUUGGCUAGCUCAAAAAAGUUUGAUGAGCUCUUUCAGCCAAGCUGGGCCAUGGACCAUUUUCUCUAUGAAGGAGAGCUUCUUAAGCUCAAACUUGACAAUUAUUCCGGCGCUGGAUUUUCAUCAAAGAGCAAAUAUAUGUUUGGGAAAGUGACCAUUCAGAUUAAGCUUGUGGAGGGUGACUCUGCUGGAACUGUUACUGCUUUCUAUAUGUCAUCGGACGGUCCAAAUCACAAUGAGUUUGAUUUUGAGUUCCUAGGCAACACCACCGGGGAACCUUAUACAGUCCAGACCAAUGUGUAUGUUAAUGGUGUAGGUAACCGUGAGCAAAGGCUUAAUCUCUGGUUCGACCCUACCACAGAUUUCCACUCCUACUCCCUUUUCUGGAACCAGCGCCAAGUUGUGUUUAUGGUGGAUGAGACCCCAAUAAGAGUGCACACCAACUUGGAAAACAAGGGGGUCCCAUUUCCCAAGGACCAGGCCAUGGGCGUGUACAGCUCGAUUUGGAAUGCCGACGACUGGGCCACGCAGGGCGGGAGAGUGAAGACGGACUGGACCCACGCACCAUUUGUCGCCACCUACAAGGGUUUUGAAAUUGACGCUUGCGAGUGCCCGGUGUCGGUCGCCGGAGCCGAUAAUGCCAAGAAGUGUAGCAGCAGCGUGGACAAGAGGUAUUGGUGGGACGAGCCGACAUUGUCAGAGCUCAGCGUCCACCAAAGCCACCAGCUCGUGUGGGUUAAGGCACAUCACAUGGUCUACGACUAUUGCACCGACACGGCUAGGUUUCCGGUCGCGCCCGUAGAAUGCGUGCACCACCGCCACUAGUGGGCGGCAAUCGAAGGACAUGGGAACAUUGUAAAAAUGAUCGUACGUUGUUUGUGUGGGAUCUUUGUAAAAAUGAUGGGGGGGGGUGAUGAAAUCGAAGUCAUAAAAACAUGUGCUCCAUGUUGUUCAAUAUUUUGUUGGGUUAUUCAAGUUUUUCAGUUUCUUUGA